AUGUCGUCCACUCUUGCGAUUGCAUACACAUCAGACGAACAACGUACCCAUACCUCGGGCUGUCUCGAAGCCCUUCAAGCCGAGACAUCCUGUAACCAUCUGGUGCCACCGGGAUCGGCUUCCCGAGAAGUUGCUCACCUUACGUCUGUGCCUCUCGUCCGACCGCGCCCAUGGCCAUGAUGGACUCCGACAUGAAGGAGAGUGCACCUGUCAAGUCUGCACGAGACGAUCAUAACAACGAACAUACACCCCAUUCUACGUCACCGAACAAAGACUCCUCCCACGCAUCACCCAAACGAAAGGUCUCCGAGAGUGCGCAAAUAGAUCAUGCCGAUGCCAAGAAGAAGCGUAGAAAGGUCAAUCAUGCAUGUGUGUACUGCCGACGGUCGCACAUGACGUGUGACCUUGAGCGGCCGUGCGCGAGAUGUGUGAAGAGAGAUAUCGGCCAUCUAUGUCAUGAUGAGCCGAGGGAACCGCCGAAGAGGAGCAAGAGCGAACUGGGCGUUGCGGAUAUUGCGCCAGCGCCGGAUGAAGGCCACCCUGUGGAUGUAAAAAGAGAGCGAGCGACUAGCAAUACGGAUGGACGAUACCACGACAGAGGGAGAUCGACGGCAAUCUCGCGGAUUAAUGGCAACGGGACGGACGCGACUGCCAUUGUGCAGCCGGCGCCAUUAUCGCCCGGUCGUGCUCACAGGCAGCCCUCAAACAAUGUAAACUUGGCGCAGGCGUAUGAUUGGAGUAGUGGUGGUCUCCUUGGCCAAUUCCAGGAUAACCACCAUUUGCAUCCGACAUUCAAUAUGUUCUCGACGCAUGAAGUCUCCCAGGAGUAUAAUGUCCUGAACGACUUUCUCAAUAGCAAUCUCUUUGACGGGCAUGGGAAUGUGUUUGGUGGAGCUGAUGAUCCCAGCAUGUUUGGUCCAGCUGUCAACGUCAAUGGUCUGCCACAGGAUCUCAACCUUCCGACUGUGAUGGGUCCGCCAACUCAAGCUCAAGCCGGACAUGAGAUAUCCCGACCCAACUCCACCUUCCCAGCCGACAACCGCGCCAGAGAGAAAUUCUACCUCACAGCCGCCGAUCCCGGCGGUUCUUCGAGUCCCGAAGAACGACUCCACAAACUUCUCAAAGCGAAAUAUGACGCUGGCAUGCUCAAACCCUUCAACUACAUCAAAGGCUACGCGCGGCUGAACCAGUACAUGUCUAAAAACCUCACCAAAGAGAGCCAAUAUCGUGUCCUCCAACAACUCAACGGUUUCCGCCCAGGCUUCCGCAAAGCCAUGCAAAACCUUAACGACAUGCAACUCGUGCUGGUCGAGAUGUGGUUCGAGCGCAGCCUAAUGGAAUACGACCGGGUGUUCGCCUCGAUGGCCAUCCCCGCCUGCUGCUGGCGGCGCACGGGAGAAGUCUUCCGCGCAAAUACCGAAAUGGCUGAACUCAUCCAUCAACCUCUCGAACGACUCCGCGAUGGGAAAAUCGCUAUCCAUGAAAUCAUCGCCGAGGAGAGUCUUGUGUCUUACUGGGAGAAGUUCGGCGCUAUCGCUUUUGAUCCUAAACAGAAGGCUAUCCUCACUUCGUGUACCCUCAAACGACCAAUCGCUCCGGCGCCGCCGCAUGGAGCCGGGCAUGAGACGCUGGCGGAGCAUGCGUCGGGCCCGACGGAGAUGGUCAAGUGUUGCUUUUCGUUCACGAUUCGGAGGGAUUCGCAUAAUAUUCCGUCUCUCAUUGUCGGAAACUUCUUGCCGAUCAAACAACGCGGGUGAGGGACUUAGUGAUUUCUCGACAGGUCGAAUUUGUCCUUGAAUCUUACCAUAAACAUCGGCGGGGUUGUGUUACGACUGAUCCGUCAUGCCUCCGAAAAUCAUCUACGAAUAAUGAUGGGGUUACGAUGUCGGAAGGGAUGUCCCCUGCUCGCCACGUCUGUCCGAUCCUGGUCAGCAGGGAAGUGACUUCCAAAUUAAAAGUCCGCCAAGAAGGUCAGUCAUCAUUUC